AUGGGCCAAGCGCAGUCGACGGCAGGUGUUCAAACACCCGAUUGGGUUGGGAACGAGACUACAGAAAUCAAAUAUGAGAAGUCCGCAUACGACCUUCUCAAAUCUCUAUCUUUCGCAGAAGAUGAUCAGGUCGCAGGAUUUGUAUACAGAGAACUUACAAUCAAAUCGAUCAAAAGGUGGGAAGAGCAGUUCCUCGCCGAACCAAAGGUAGCGGACAAGUUAGAGAAGGCAAACUUCUUCCUUGAACGUAUGCAAAAGUUCCUAGUGUUGGAUAUCCCCUCUACAACGAAGAGCGAAGCUAACGAGACCGACCCAAUAGAAAUCAUUGAUACAUCCGAGGAACCUCUUGAUUCGCGAAUCGUCGACGAACUCCUCAAGAUUCCAGUUAACGACGGUGGGCAGUGGGAUAUGAUUAUAAACCUUGUUGAGCGCUAUGGAGUUGUCCCUCAAAAACUGUAUCCCGACACUUACAACUCGAUGAACUCUCGUGGAGUAAAUGCUCUCGUGACAAGCAAGCUCCGGGAAUUUGCUCUUCAGCUUCGUGCAAUGUCUUCCUCUGGCCUCAGCCUUCACGCUAUUCAGCGCGCAAAAUCAAAGAUGGUCAACACCGUAUAUAACAUCCUUGUUACCUGUUUCGGCCCCCCUCCUAAACCAGAUGAGACUUUCACCUGGGAAUUCAGAGACUCGCUUGGAAAAUUCCACUCCUAUCCCAACAUUACACCUAUUAGCUUCUUCAAGGAUUUCAUUGGCUACAAGGCCGCCUCCCACUUCUCACUGAUCAACGAUCCACGACAUGAGUAUGGGAAAUUGUAUACAGUCUCAAGACUUAACAAUGUCUUUGGUGGGAAACCAAUACGAUAUGUCAAUGUUGACAUGGCAACAAUGAAAGCCGCUAUAGUCGCAAUGAUCAAGAAAGACCAUCCAGUGUUCUUUGGGUGUGACGUGGGCAAGUUUUCUGAUUCCAAGUUGGGAAUCAUGGAUACAAAGUUGUUCGAUUACAAGCUAGCAUUUGAUACGGAGCUAGGAUUGAACAAGGCAGAGAGACUGUUAGUUGGUGAGAGCAGAAUGACGCAUGCCAUGACAUUAAACGGUGUCCACAUUGUUGACGGGAAGUCAGUUAAGUGGAAGGUUCAGAACUCAUGGGGCGAAGGAAGCGGGGAGAAGGGAUGGUUUGUAAUGACCGAUGGAUGGAUGAAUGAGUACUGUUAUCAAGCCGUCGUUGGGCCAGACUUCGUCAGCCAAGAGAUCAAGGAUAUUCUUAAACAAGAACCAACGGCAUUGCCAUUGUGGGAUCCUAUUGGUGCACUGGCUUGA